AUGCCGCUGUCGAAUACUUCAAUAGUGGCGUUGAGGCAGCAAAUGGAUGAUAGUAAUCAUGAGUUGGUUAAUAUGUUAACUAAUCAAAUGGGUACAAUUUUUAAUCCUGUGAUACAGGAAUCUGCUGAAACAAAUAGGCAGGUGGCUAAUCAAUUGACAUGCUUGUGUAACUUCCUAGGGGCAUCGGCUCGACAAAUGGCACAAGUGGUUAGGCAAACCAUUCCUGUUCAAGUAGAGAUACAGGCAGUAGAAGACGAGACAUUCCAUGAGGGACAAAUCCUUAGACCCCAGCAAAAUCAAGGUGUUAAGUCAGGAGUAGCCGGACGUAACCAGAUGGUGUUAGUUAACCGACAUCAAGAUGCUGAUCAAAUUGUCUAUCAAUGUCGGCAAGAAUACUUAGCAGCGGAAAAUAAUUUGACAACUAUUGUCGAAAGAAUUAUGGCUGGGAAUGGUAUGAGUGCCACAUUGCAAAGGCCACUAUAUGCUUCCCCAUUGGCUGAAUUUAUUCUCCAAACCGAGGCACCUAGAGGAAUGAAGGUGCCUAAAUACACUAAGUUUGGGGGAGAAUCUGAUGAGUCGACAAUAGAACAUAUUGCCAGAUAUUUAACCGAGUCGGGAGAUUUGGCUCAUAAUGAGUGUUUGAGAUUUUACGAAGGGCAUUCCAAAAUCAGUUUGGCAGAAUUGUCUAGCAUUAAGAGAAGGUUUGCUGAGAGUAUUGACGAUUAUCUGAAUAUAUUUAGAUCAUUAAAGGCCAGAGUUCGACAUCUCGAACGGCUAAGGUUAGAAAAGGUUAGACACAGAAAGGCUAAGAAGGAAAAAAUAGCUUUCGUCGAUUUUGAUGCGACAAAUCCAAUCUAUGAGGCUGAUUAUGCCUCAUCGACCGAAUUAGAAUUUGACGUGGCUGAGUUAAAGCCAGGAUCUGCUUAUGAGUGCCGGUUAUUACUUCCUGCACAAGGGAAAAAUCCUGUCGAAAACAAUCUAAAAUUCCCUUCAAAAACUUAUACAUUUAAUGUGAUAAAGUGUAAGGAAAUUUUUGAUUUGGAUCUGGUACAGAAAGCAAUUCAAGAAGGCAUGCUGAAAUUUGUUGGCCGCAAAAUGAAGAUCGACACUGACCCUCUCCACCAGGAGGAAACUCUAUUCGUUGAGCCAGUCGAGAUCAACAUGGUCGAGAUCUCUGAAUAUGAUGAGGCUGACAUGUUAGAGGAAACUGAUGAAAGCCCAGAUGUCGACAUAGCUGAAUUUUAUCCAAAGGCUGAUGAAGAUUUGGUAGAUUUCCUGUAUCGCUGCAAGAAUAAGGGUUCACAAGUCUGCUUAUGCCCUAGAUGUGGCGCAGUCACCGACAAAGUUGCUGCUGAAAAUUUCCAAAAGCUACAAUUGGGAAAAAGCAAAGGAAGUGGGCUGAACAUAGCACGCCAGAAUGAAAGAAUCCCAAGGAAAGCUGUGGAAAAUGCUCAAGUAAGGCCUAGGAGCUUUGUACCAUCGACAAGUGCUCCUAGAGGCACAUGGAUCAAGCCUCAGGGAAAACUAGAAACCCCAUAA